UGAUAUUUUAAGCAAAAGAAGCUUGGGGAUAUUUCAGCACCUCAAAACACUGGAUACUCUUCCUCAGGUCUAACUUUUUACCGUCUCCCACCAUGAAGACCCCGAAGAAGCAGAUAACAGAAAUCCUCAGCGUUUACCAAUUUGUAUUUACCUUUCUCUUCAUGGGUCUCUUCUUUUCCCUUCUCCUCUUCUUUCUCCUCUUCACGUCGUUCUGGUUUCUUUCCGUUCUCUACCUGGUAUGGCUUUAUGUAGACUGGGACACACCAGACCGAGGCGGUCGGCGCUUUGAGUGCUUUAGGAACUGGAAAGUUUGGGAACAUUUUAGAGAUUACUAUCCCAUCAAGCUGGUGAAGACAGCAGAAUUACCCCCAAACAGAAACUAUGUGUUGGGUUCACACCCUCACGGGAUCAUGUGCGCUGGAACUUUUUGUAAUUUUGCCACGGAGAGCAACGGCUUUUCCCGUCAAUUCCCUGGUAUUCGUCCUUUCCUGGCUGGUCUGGCCGGCCUCUUUCGAGUCCCGGUAUACCGGGACUACAUCAUGAGCUCUGGUUUGUGCCCAGUGAGCCGUGAGAGCCUGGACUUCGUGUUGUCGGGGCCCCAGCUUGGCCAGGCUGUGGUCAUCUUGGUCGGGGGAGCUAAUGAGUCACUGUACGGAGUACCGGGAGAACACUGCCUCACCCUACUUAAUCGCAAGGGAUUCGUGCGCCUAGCUCUAAGGCAUGGAGCCUUCCUAGUUCCUGUAUACUCCUUUGGGGAGAAUGAAAUCUUCACACAAGCAUCAUUUGGGACUGGAAGCUGGCAGAGGACUUUGCAGACAGCCUUCAAGAAAAUCAUGGGCUUUGCUCCUUGCAUAUUCUGGGGUCGGGGUCUCCUCUUACCCUGGGGACUCUUACCUUUUCCUGUGCCUAUUACCACUGUUGUUGGCCGCCCCAUCCCAGUCCCCCGUCGUCCAAAUCCCAGUCAAGCGGAGGUUGACCAGUACCACAAGCUCUACAUGGAAGCCAUAGAACGUUUGUUUGAGGAGCACAAAGAAAGCUGUGGGGUCUCUCCUUCCACCCAUCUCACUUUUGUCUAGGACUGUGCCCCAAUGUCACUACCACCCAUUACCCCAACACUGUGCAUUUCCCUAGCCCUAGCCCUCGGAUCCUGAGAAGUGGAUUGCAACUUGUCCUUGCAAAACAUUUCUUCUCCCUAAUAAAUUCUCUUUUCUC